AUGGGCAUUCGGGGCUGGCACUCACGUCUCCUCCUCCUUCUUUCAGAGAACCUCAUGAAUACCAAAUUCGAGACCGCCGACCUCCGAUGGACCACUUACCCCGCUGACGAUGCCGAGUGGGAAGAGAUAAGCGGGAUGGACGAGGAGCAAAACAGCGUCCGGACCUUCGAGGUGUGCGCAGUGCACCAACCCAACCAGAACAACUGGCUGCGCACCACCUUCGUUCCCCGCUCGGGUGCCACCUACGUCUACGCCGAGCUGCGCUUCACCGUGGUGGAGUGCUUCUCCAUCCCGCGAGUCACCCGCGCCUGCAAGGAGACCUUCAACGUCUUUUUCUACGAGGCCGACGUCGACUUGGCCUCCGCCACCUUCCCACCCUGGAUGGAGAACCCGUACGUCAAGGUGGACACGGUGGCGGCCGAGCACCUCACCCGCAAGCGUCCGGGCACAGAGGCGUCCGGGAAGGUGAAUGUGAAGACGCUGCGCGUGGGACCUCUCUCCAAGACGGGCUUCUACCUGGCCUUCCAGGACCAGGGCGCCUGCAUGGCCUUGCUCUCCGUCCGGCUCUUCUACAAGAAGUGUUCGGCCGUCACCGUCAACUUCACCCUGUUCCAGGAGACGGUGCCCAGGGAGCUGGUCAUGCCAGUCACCGGGCAGUGCGUGCCCAACGCCAUCAAGACCAGCUCCCGCCCGCUCAGCAUGUACUGCCGGGAGGACGGGCAGUGGGCCGACCAGGCCAUCACGGACUGCACCUGCGCCGCCGGCUACGAGCCCUCGGAGGAGAGCACCAAGUGCCGAGCCUGUCCGGCGGGGAUGUUCAAGGCCGUCCAAGGGGAGGGGGGCUGCCAGCUCUGCCCGGCCUUCAGCAUGUCCCCCUCCCCGGGCUCCAGCGAGUGUUCCUGCCGCAUCGGCUUCUACCGUACCACGAAGGAGCCAGUCACCAAGCAGUGCUCCACCACGCCGUCUGCCCCACGCAGCAUCGUGGCCAGGAUCAACGGCUCGGUGGCCGUGCUGGAGUGGAGCGAGCCCUUGGAGAACGGGGGCCGGGAUGACGUCUCGUACCACCUCCGCUGCCAGGCCUGCCCCGAACGGCAGAGCUGUCAGGAGUGUGCCCGCCUAGCCUAUGCCCCCCGGUCUCGGGGGCUGGUGGAGCGCACGGUCACCGUGGAGGGUCUCCAGCCCUACAUCACCUACUCCUUCCAGAUCCAAGCCGUCAACGGGGUCUCCGACCUCAGCCAAAACCCACCCCAGUCGGAGUCCAUCAACAUCACCACCAACAAGGAUGUCCCUCACCCCGUGUCCGAGAUCCAGCAAACCUCCGUCAGCCCCAGCACCAUCACCUUGGCCUGGCCCUUCAUCCAGCCGCCAACCGGGAGCAUCUUGGAUUACGAGGUCAAGUAUUGCGAGAAGGGGGCUGGUGGCUACAAGUUCGAGAAGACGCGUGAGAACCGAGUGACCCUAUCCGGGCUGCGUCGAGGAGCCGCAUACAUUGUGCAAGUCCGGGCGCGUUCGGAGGUCGGCUACGGAGGAUUUGGGCCAGAAAAGACCUUCCAGACGUACGGAUCUGAGUCGGGGAGCAGCACGGAGAAGCUGGCGCUGAUCGUGGGCACGGCCGCCUUGGGGACCCUCCUCGUCUUGGCCGUGGUGAUCGUAGCUGUGGUCUGCCUCCGGCGCCAGGGCUCUUCUGCCUCCCGAGAGCAAGAAUAUUCAGACAAACCCGGACAAUACCUGAUUGGGCACGGUACCAAAGUCUACAUCGACCCCUUCACCUACGAGGACCCCAACGAGGCCGUGCGAGAGUUUGCCAAGGAGAUCGACGUCUCUUACGUGAAGAUCGAGGAGGUCAUUGGGGCAG